CUAAGCGUUCAUCAACACAUGCGGUAUCGUUCACACUGGUACCAUGCCACAACCCCAUCUAUCCAACUCAUGACAUCUACUGGCAGAGCAGGAUAUGAAAUGGUUCCCGUGCAUGACCAAGCACGCCGUACCUCUUCUCCACGGCGCAAAUCACCAAUUUCUUGCUUUUCGUGUUUGCGACCACGGCGAGUAUUCACGUUAUUGAAAUUUGCACUUCCACUGGUUUUUAUCAUAUGUUACACGGUAUACUACCUCUACGACCCACGCGGCCACAUCGACCUCGUAUUGUAUCAACGAGAAUGGAUACAACGCGAAAUACUCCCGCUGUCCCCACUUGGAGGAUGCUUUGAGCCCGAGCGCGUCAGCCCGCUGUAUAAUAUCAGCGAGGCCGUGUACGGCAAGAAACGUUUUGAGGUUCAGGCAGGAGUAACGAUGCGGAUGGGUAUGGACUGCUACGAGUUUGCAGGAACAGUAAGGUUUGCAGAAGGGGAGUGGACUGAGGAGCAACGGUAUAUCCCACCUGAGGAACGAGCACAGUUCCACACAUAUUGGCGCGUCGAUCUCGCGCCUCUCGAUGAGAGACAAGAGUACAUGCUAAAGUCAUUCUUCGCUACGCAAGACCUUCCCCGCUCUCGUCUAAUACUCUGGUCAAACGGCGACCUAUCACUCAAUCCAAUUGUGCAAAAGUAUCUCGAGCUAUUCCCUGACUCAUUCGCACUUCAAGUUGUGGAUAUACCCGAAUUAGCCAAGGGCACGGCAAUGGAGAAUCACCGCUUCCUUAAUCUCGAGGACAAGAAGGCAUGGGUGGACGGCGACCUUGUCCGGUUACUUGUCAUCUGGACAUAUGGUGGUGCUUGGAUAGACAUGGACAUGCUCCUGACCCGGGACCUCUCUCCAUUGCUUGAGCAUGAGUUUCACAAAAUUUACCAAGCAUUCAAUGGUGCUCUCAUGCACUUCCGCAAGCACUCGCCUUAUCUCUGUGAAGCUUUCCAUCUCAUGGCACACAGUACUCCUCCACGUUCUCCAAGCACCGAUUGGGGCGCAAUUUUAUAUCUUCGGCUCUGGCGGCGCCUCCUCAGCGAAUCCAUACCCCCCUUCAAAAUUCUACCAUUCUGCCUUUCUGAUCCUCUGGCUUGUCGUCUCGACAACAGUGUACCAGACCCCUUUGAGCCUGAUCGUCGAGAUGGGAAGUGGACGGGCCGACCUGGGGAGGGGCUUGAGGAGGGCGGAGCGCUGGACAAAGCACUAGGCAAGAUAUUUACUGUGCAUUUGCAUAAUCGUUGGGAUAGAGCGUUUCCCCAAGGCGGUUGGGUGGAUCGGCUGUUGUUGAGGAGGUACGAGGAGGGUAUAGAAAUGAAAAUGAGAAUAGAUAGCGAGCUAUGAUAUAUUGAUCUGCUGUGAGUACUUGUAUCCUGGGCGACAGCGGCAGACGCUAAUGAUAUCUACUAUGGAUGUAAACUAUAGCACUUACACGAUUCAGACUUCUA